CGCCCGCCCCCGUCUCCGCACACCGGCGGCUGUCGAUCCCCGCCGGCGGCGGCUGGCAGGGCUCCGAAGCGGCCGGAGCCGGGCUUGGGGCGGCGGGAGCUACUUCCAUGUGGGCUUCCUGCUGUGGAUUGCUGAAUGAAGUCAUGGGUACUGGGGCUGUCCGUGGCCAGCAGGCUGGCUUUGGGGGAGGUGCUGGCCCCUUCAGAUUCGCGCCAAAUACAGACUUCUCAGCGUAUCAGUCUCCAGCUGCGACGGGCGCUAACAUUGUCUGCAAGGCCUGUGGACUUUCCUUUUCAGUUUUUAGGAAAAAGCACGUGUGCUGUGACUGCAAGAAGGAUUUUUGCUCGGUUUGUUCGGUCUUACAAGAGAAUCUCAGAAGAUGCUCCACUUGUCACUUGCUGCAAGAAACAGCCUUUCAGCGCCCUCAGUUAAUGAGAUUGAAAGUGAAGGAUCUGCGUCAGUACCUGAUUCUCAGAAACAUACCCACAGAUACUUGCAGAGAGAAGGAAGACUUGGUGGAUCUGGUGCUGUGCCAUCACGGGUUAGGGCCGGAGGAGGACAUGGACGCUGGCAGCUUGCAUUCAUCGCGCUCACAGACUUCGGGGUUUUUUACUCAUCCAUUUUCUAUGUCUGUAUCGGUGUCGUCUCAAGGAGAUCUUGCAAACAGAAGGGGAAGCACAGGAAACGGAACACCUUUACGGGGACAAACGGAAACAUCUUCUAUAAAUAAUGAAGAAGAAGAAAGUGCAGAAGAGCAGACCCCUGGAUUGUCCAGAAAACGAGCGAGGGCGUCUUUGUCUGAUAUUUCAAGUCUGGAAGACAUCGAAGGGUUGAGUGUUCGGCAGCUGAAGGAAAUACUCGCCUGUAAUUUUGUCAACUACUCAGGAUGCUGUGAAAAAUGGGAACUUGUGGAAAAAGUCAGCAGACUAUACAGAGAGAGUGAAGAAAACCACAAGACACAGGGUGAGAAGAUGCAGCUGAACGACAACGACGACAACCUGUGUCGGAUCUGCAUGGACGCGGUGAUCGACUGCGUCCUGCUGGAGUGCGGCCACAUGGUCACCUGCACCAAGUGCGGCAAGAGGAUGAGCGAGUGCCCCAUCUGCCGACAGUACGUAGUGCGGGCCGUGCACGUCUUCAAAUCCUAAACCCAGACCAAAAACGGAUUUUUACAGUCACCUUUCCAGGAUGGCUGUGGGCAGGAGUGCCCGACCUUGGGGCACGUGUCAGCUUUUUAGUUCCCAAUCGACACAGCGUUUUGAUCAUCCGGAUCUAGAAGUUUGUGGAAGGUUUUUCUUUGUGAAAGGUUUUUCUACAGCCUACCCAGUCCCAGGGUUGGGCGGCGCAAGGCGAGGCCUGUGUGUACAGUAACGGCGCUGCCUGACUUACCUUAUAAACCUACAAACUGUUGGAGUCAAACUGUUUACAGCAGUUCUUGCUCUCUUCUGAAGAAUAUCGCCUCUCACUCAUUAGCGCGGUCAGUACUGGGCGAGUGGUCAGAAAACACCUCUGCUUGACCAUAAUUAGUGUUACGUCUAGUGCAUUAGAAGCAAGGAAUAUAUCAGUUGAAUAUUCAGCUCUUAUUGUAAUUAUAGAAUGUAACUGUUCCGACACUGUCCCUGCAACAGUGUUAACAGUAUAAAAUAUGACUGUAGAAAGCACUGCCAUUAACUGUACCUGCACAGAAGCCCUUAAGCAAUCUAUUUUAUGCCGGUUGCUUCCUUCAGCGUGUCUGUCAUUACACGUGUACCCUCUUGGCCAUUAUUUGUCGUUGUACAAAAAGCGCUGUCACUUUGCAGGGCUCUGCCAUGUGCUGUCCAGAUACCGAUUACUAAGUGUUUUUUAGUUUAGGGAUAAAAUAUUUUUUUAAAAAGGGGUAUAGGAAACCAUAUUCUCGUGGUCCUUAAUCCACUCAUGCCUGUUGUAACUAUUAAUCUUACGUGUGAUGAUUGUACGCCAUGUGCCGACAACCUGAUAUUACUGUGAAUACUAAUCAGGGUCAUCAACCUACUUGCUGCUAACGUGGAAUGUAGGGUGUUACUAACCUUAACCGGGGAGGGGGGUUUGUUAAGGGAAAGGAAACAUGGUAUUUGUUUAAACCCUCGUGUUCACAGCUGUUUUAACCAAGGCUGAGCUGUUAUUAGCCACACUUCCCAUUGGCUGCUGCCAGCCCUUGGCCCAGUUUCCAGCCAGGCUCUGUGCCAGGAGCAGGGCCCCUCUUGGAGCAAGGAUUCUAAGGGUCCUUGCAGGGAACCUGGGGGACACGGUGGGGAGGACAGCAGCAAGAACAGCACUUGUUCUGGGGCAGUGUCUGACUGAUGAAGGUCGCUGUAGAAUAAGAGAGGUGAGGAAGGUCGGGCUCUGUCCUUUCAGCAGGGGUCACCAAUGGAGCUGCAGUUUCUUUCCCUUUUGAUUUCCCACUUUGUCUCGGCUGUAACACCUGAGAACUUGUAUCUCUGCAACACUGUCACACCUGCUCUUGGCUUUUUUUGUGAAAAAUUAAGCUGGCUUGAAAAAGAGAAAGUAGCUGCUCCUCAAAAAUAAAAUACACAGCUUAGAGACAUUGCUGGUUAUUUUUCAGAAGGGAGCAAACCUCUCAAUGGCUUUAUUUUUUAGAAGUAACUUUUUAAUGGUACUUAAUUCCUGGAGUCUCUGUUCAGUGGGUAAGCUAAUGAAGAAAAACAUACCCUCUCUGUUAUUUCCAUGCUGAUCAUUAGCCACACAAGCUUAAUAAAGAUUUGUGAUGGGCU